AUGGAGUUUCACCGAUCAACGGAUGUUUCAGACCCGGCAGCGCGCAUUCGUGAAGAGGACUAUGUCAAUCCUUUUGUACUGCGACUGGAUCUCGAUGAUCCGUGGGAACGACGGAAGACUUAUCUCAUGACCCUGCUUGUGCUGCCAAUUCGAGCGAUAUUAAUGGGAUUGUGCUUGCUGAUGGCGUGGGUGUUUGCCUCCAUAGGCUUGUAUGGGUUGACUGAAAAGGAGCGUCGUUCGACACCAAUUUCCGGUUGGCGACGCGAAAUGCGUGAAUUAACAGCACUGGCUAUGCGCAUGCUGUACUUUUUCGGAUCCUUUCACAGAAUCAAGGUGAACGGCGUAUGCGCAUCUCCACGCGAAGCCCCACUUGUGGUUGUUGGACCCCACUACAGCUUGUUCGACUCUAUUAUCGUCGCUUAUUGUGGACCAUCGACUGUGGUGGCAAAGAGUAAGGCUGCUGAUCUACCAUUGAUUGGAAAGAUCAUCGAUAUAACGCAACCAAUCUACGUGUGUCGAGAGGAUCCGAACUCACGGCAUAUCACGCGACAUCUCAUUAUCGAGCGCGUCAUCUCGAAGGAAGAUUGGCCGCAGAUUCUCAUCUUUCCCGAGGGCACCUGCAGUAACGGCAAAGCUAUCGUUCAGUUCAAGCCGGGUGCUUUUGGACCUGGUCUGCCUGUGCAACCUGUUGCCAUUCGAUAUACUAAUCCGAUCAACACGGUUUCCUGGACGUGGCAAGGACCAGGAGUGCCGAUACUAUUGUGGCGCACUCUUACAUCGCUGAAUACCGGAUUCGAAAUUAACUUCCUGCCUGUGUACUAUCCCAACGAGCAGGAGCGUAACGAUGCAAAGCUAUACGCGUUGAAUGUACGCAAUUAUAUUGCUCAGUCCCUUGGAAUUCCCGGCACAGAACAUGGCUACAACGAUUGCAAGCUGAUGAACUACAUGAUUGCCAUCGGAAUGCCGUACUUUGCGUGGAGUCAUGAUAUUGGCAAAAUGCGCAAAUGGCUUGGGCUUACAGACGGUACCGUCGAGAAAAAAAUGUUGGAUCAGUUCGCUCCCUUUACAGAAGAAAAUGCUCGCAUAACAUUGUCAGAAUUUGCAAACAGGCUAGACGUACCGAUAAAAAACGAUUCUACUAGAAUAUUGUUUAAAAUUUUUGAAAAAAAUAACGAUUGCUCGGGAUUGAUUGACUUCCGAGAGUAUUUAUUAUUGGCACUCUUUAUGUCUACUCUGGGCAAACCAAAACUGGAGCUCUUGAAACUUUUAUUCAAGCUUUACGGAAAUGACCAGCAUCAAAUAACUAGAGAAGGGCUGUAUCGAACUGUGAAACAUUUGUCCUCCAUCUCUGAAGAACAGUGCGACAGGUUGUUUUCUAAAGCCGACAUCGCAAACUGUGGUCUUAUAUCCAUAGAACAAUUUGAAGGUAGUAUCAACUGUCAUCCUAUACUGAUCGAUCUUCAAGAGCUAAACGAACCAAAACCAUACGCAACGCCGUCACAAGCGAAGAUAAGCUAGACACAUCAGUGAUAGUUUUAUGGAAACGACAAGUAAUAUCACAUGCGUUUGUUAUGUUAAAUUAGUAGUAUUAGUAGCGUUGUUGUGGCAUAACGUAUUCACAUUUAUUGAUGUUCAUGAAGCUCUUCGUUUGUUAAGUGAAUGUAUGAUUCAAAAGGCGCGAUAUGCGGUUCAGGAGUUCAACGAUGAUCGCCUACUCGUUCAGCUGUACAUUGCACUCUUCGAUGCGACACACAAGUGGCACGUCGAAUAAUCGCGGUAGAUGGCGUGGAGCGUGCACUAUCAAAAAAUCAUCGACUAGCUCCUUUCGAUAGCGAUGCCAUAGAACCCCGGCCAGAAACCACCGAAACAAGCGUACUCGCGAUGGUUGUCGUUGUUCAAGAAAGAUGCGAAUGCGGUUCCAAAUAUUGCCCCGAUUUUGAGGUUUCUCAAGCAACCAGUAUCGCGGUAUCAGUAGGCACUGGACGCGGCUGCGAGCAAACACAGCUCGAUCAACCAUGUGUUCGCCGAUGCCAAAGACCGAGCCGCGACUGUAGGUGGCGAUGUCGACAAAAUGGUACUCAAUCUGAGAUGGUUUGUGUCCCGCGAUUGAAGG